AUGAAAUCUAUUCAUGUGUCCUUUGAUGAUAAGAAAAUAACUGGGAUGGAAGAUUUUGAUGAACAUGAACAGCUGAGAUUUGAAGAUGAAGAUGCAUUCUCUGACUCAAUAAACUCUGAUUCUGACAUUAUAUCAGAGUCUGUCACUCCAAAUCAUCAACCUCAAGCACAUGUUGAGGGGGAGCACUUUGACAAUGAACAUCUGGACGAAAAUGAUGAGAACUUAAUAGACAACACAAACUCUGAUACAGGUUCAUCAAACUCUGAUAAUUCUACAUCAGAAAAUCAUGAGGAUACAUCUUCAGGAGGAGCAUCAGGAACUCAGAAUGCUCAUGAAGAUAGCAUGAAUCAUGGGGGAGAAGCAUCAGAGAAUCAGAAUGAUACUGGAAUUAACAUGGAUUAUGGGGGAGGAUCUGUUAGGGUUAUACUGAAAUAUUCGUUUGAAGAUCAAAAUAGUAGAAUAAUUGUGUUACAUAUUUGA